UUUAAUGAAUGAGUGGGUGAAGAGAAAAACAAACAUAUUCAGAAAAGUAGAAUGGUCUCAUAUAUUGAUCCUUGAAAUUACAAUACCUGGAUUCUGUUCUCAAUAUCAGCAAUGACUUAAUCUAUUGAAAGGUUUUUAUCAUAUAUGGGAAAAUUAGUCCAGUGGCAGGGUAUCUCUCAAAAAUAUGAAUAUGCUUAAUCAAGCCUUGUUGAAGUGUCUUUUAAAAUGUAAAUGAUUACAAAUAAAUGUUAGCUGUUGCAUAUCUGAAUAUAUUUAUUGUAGCACCAUAUAUAGUAUAUAUUUCCAUGUUCUGGACACAAACAUUAUCCUAAACUUUAAGGGAAGAUAUUGGUUUUAUAAUGUGCCAGGAGAAUUUGUCCAUAGUCAAUAUGUUGUUUAUUUGCACUUAAAUAUUGCAUCAAUAAUCUGAAAAAGAGAAAUAGCCUGAUUAUGGCUAGAGAUUCUGAUUAGAGGCUAAGGUUUCUAUCAUGGACUGCUUUCAACUGUUAUAUUUUAUGGCAUAGAUUCAGUGGGAAUCUGAUCUGCUAAAAUAUUUGGGCUGUGAAAACUCCCACACUGUGACAGAUGUCAAGUCCAAUUAAGUGACUCAUGUCCAGGUUUCUGUCCAAUAGGAUUUCCCAUUAAAUAUCAAUUUAGGGAAAAAAAAUUCCAUCCCCCUUCUUAAGCCUUUAUCUCUUCCACCAUCUCCAGGCUGAAUCAAUUGGUACCAGGAGAGCCAAGAAGCCACACACUCAUCUCUGCCUCUUUGCUCUGGCUCUCCCACCCUCCCGCGUCUUUCUCGGCUUCCCUGUCACUGUUACUCCGGGAGACGUUCACUUUUCACCAACCUUUCUCCAAACAUCUCCAAGCCACUGACUAUAUAUAUUUUGCUACAAGGUAAAGAAAGGAGGGGGUGGGGGUGGGAGAUGUAACCAAGCCUUGAAAGACUUUGAAACUGGAAAUAUGUGUCUGUUUAUACAACAUACAAGUAAAUGAGGGAAGAGGAAGAGGCAAGCUAAGCCCCGAGUUACAGUAUUGUGUUCCUGGGAACUGGGGAGACAUCAGCUGAACAAAGCCUUAUCUCAAAAAAAAAAAAAAAAAAAAAAAAAUCACUUCUGAGCAAGAUCAAAUCUCUGCCUUGCACUUCCCAGUUUCUGCUCAGUCGUAUUAAGGGAAGGAAAGGCGUUCUACAGGAGCGGAAUCUUAUCUUAACCAUCUUUCUUAUUGAUUCUUCCGCUAUUAGAAAGUGGAGGAAUCAGCCCUUUGAUGUGAUUGUGUUUAUCUCUGCAUCUCUUUUGUUAUUUAUAGAGACCUAGAAGAGGAAAAGAGGCACGAGACUUUUCAACACAUCGUUUAAAAAAAAAAUCAACAACGAAUUUCCCGAAAUGUUUGAGAACAAUUAAAAGGAAAAGCCGUUUUUGAUCUAUCAACUAAGUGAACAAUCAUUCAUAUCGUCCACAUCCUGAGAUAUUAUCGUCCCUCGCUGUGGACACCAGCGAGAUGACAGCUGCUUUUUCAUUUUUGAAUGUAAUAAAUAUUUGCUGCUUCUAAUAUAUUUCGGCAUUUCUCCCUGCUAUUCCCUGGGAUUUUAACUCUAAAAGAUUGGAGAAAAGAUUAUCGAAAAGGCUUUUACAAGCCUCCAAAAUGAUGCUGAGUCCAGACCAAGCCGCCGACUCGGACCACCCCAGUUCGGCGCCCUCGGACCCGGAGUCGCUGGGUGGCGCGGACGCCAAGGUGCUGGGCAGCGUGUCGGACCUGGAGCCGGUGGAGGAGGCCGAAGGCGACGGCAAGGGCGGCAGCCGGGCCGCGCUCUACCCGCACCCGCAGCAGCUGAGCCGCGAGGAGAAGCGCCGCCGCCGGCGCGCCACGGCCAAGUACCGCUCGGCCCACGCCACCCGCGAGCGCAUCCGCGUGGAGGCCUUCAACCUGGCCUUCGCCGAGCUCCGCAAACUGCUGCCCACGCUGCCCCCGGACAAGAAGCUGUCCAAGAUCGAGAUCCUGCGCUUGGCCAUCUGCUACAUCUCCUAUCUCAACCACGUCCUGGACGUGUAGAGCCGGGGUCGCGGCGCGGGGCCGCUUGGCCGGGAGUGGGUAAAACGCGGCCAACCCGGGCGGUCGCCGCGGCGAUGGAGGAGGAGACGGUGGCCCAGCGGGACGGCCGCCGCCACGGCCUUGGACCGGGUAGGAGGCUCGCACCGUGUUCUCUCCUGUCGGCAGGGCGACUCUGGAAGGUUUCCGACUCCAGAAGGGUGGGGUUGUCUGGCGAGCCCUGGGGCUUGUAGGGAGUAUUUUCCAGGCAAGGCGAACCUCCUGGAGGCACCGAGACGAGUGGCCUCCAGGCCUCCCCUCCACGUGUUAGGAUCCCUUUAGGGGUUGUUGCUUUAGCUCACUAGAGACUGAGUUCUCCUACAUUCAUCUCCCACAGAUCUUCAUGUUUUGAAAGAAUGAGGGCAGAAGCUCAGAGUCUGGGCUUCUAACUUUAGACUAUCUGGAUUUUUUCUAACUGACAAAUCACCAAACAUCAUGAGGGGAGGGGAGGGAAUCUCCUCCAGGGCAGAGAUUCAAGACACAGAAAGGUGGAACAGGAAACUUUCUGAUCCGUUGUGAAAAGAAAGAUUAUAUUAGAAUCCAAGUAAAACAGACAAGCCUAGAAGAUAUGGUAAGGUUAAAAACAUGCAUUGAGAACAAACAGAUAUUGUGGGAAGAUUUGAGUUUGGUGAGAUUUUUAACCCCAAGGUCUGACGCUAAUGUAGACAGGAAAAUCCAUAUUUAAAUGGAAAUAUCUGAUUGCUUUUUCAGGCGAAGUGCCCCUUUAUAUAUCCAAAAACAUCUAUUUGUGACCUUAAACAUGUGGACCCAUAGGUGCAGUUAGAAAAGACAACCUAUUUUUAUUUAUGUUAGAAGGAGUAGAGUAUUUUUUUCAAGACACUUAUUUUUCAGAGUGGUGAUAAUUUUACUUUGGACACUCUGUGCCAAUUUAUUUAUAGUCAAGUGUUUACACUUUCUCCUGUGGAAUAAUUAUGUCUAACUUUUUACGUGUUUGUUGAGAUUAUACUGUGGUCUUUCUUUUUGCUCUAAUUAUAUUGCACUUGUAUAACAAAUUUCCCACAUCUCCCUGUUUCUAAACAUAUUUUAUAUAUUAAGAUGUUUGUUCCUGAAAGGUUCUUUUGUUGUGACAUCAGCAACACUAGCACUUCACUGUUAUAGUUUUUUUAAAAAAGUCAGUGUUGUUAUCCUUAUCUGUAGUUAUGUCUGAAAAGUACUUUGCAAACCGUUUAUAAGGAGAGUAGCUUCUUUGUGUGUGUGUGAUGUUUGUGUGUGGGAUGAUUUUAGGAAAUUAAGUUAUUUUCCUAAAAAAAAAAAAAAAGAAUUCAGAACUACUUUCCUCUGUGACAACCAAAAAGAAAAGUCUAUAACCUGAAAAUGUUUCAUGUUCUCAGCUGUGAAACUCUUAAAACAAGGAGUGUAUUUUAGAGACAAGGGAAAAAAAAAAAAAAAAACCACAUCUGCUAUCCAAAGAAUUUAGUCUUUUUCAGGGUUUUUUUGUGUCUCUGUUGCUUUAUAUAAUGCAAUAUUUUGUAGUGAAAAUAGAUAUAAUCUGGUUUCUAUCUGACGAGUUUUUCAUAUCUCAUGA